AUGCUAAGAAAGAAAAGAAAAGAGAGCACAUUUUGCUUUAUUUUCCUUGGCCUUAGUUUAAGUGUCUCUUUAGCGAACCCCAGCCGUAACCGGGUCAACUUAAGCGACUAUCCGGUGUCCCCUGAGUUCUUCUCGACUCCCAAGAGCAAGUCUGAUGUGAGCACCUCAUUUGCCGGGAAAAGCAAGCAGCAGGUGACCUCGAGCUGGUGGUCGCCAGCCAAGAGUGGCGGCAGUAAUGGCGGAGGCAUCACGGAGCCGGAGGAUGAUAAGGAUAAGGGUUCGCCUGUUGAAGGGGUGGUGCAGCCCGGUGCCUUGAUUAUGCUGCCGCCGGCUAGUGAAGUAGCAAGGCCGGAGGUGAAGAGAAUUUUGGUGCCGGUUGGGAAUUUAGACGAGGAGGAGUGGGUUACUGUUUACGGGUUUUCGCCAGCAGAUACGAAUCUUGUUUUGUGGGAGUUUGAGAAAUGUGGGGUGAUCCUCAAACACGUUCCCGGUCCAAGAGAUGCUAAUUGGAUGCACAUUUUAUAUAAGAAUCGAUCUGACGUGCAAAAAGCACUCGGCAAAAAUGGCAUGGAAAUAAAUGGGGUUAUCGUCAUUGAGGUGAAGCCUGUGGACCCCAGGCAGUGCCAUGCACUGAACGAGAGGCUCAACAGUAAUGGGUUCUUCACAUUACCCCCUGCAAAUUCAAGUCAAAACUCCGAAACUAAUGGAUUCAAAGUCAACCCUUAUUCCUCCUAUUUUUCUAGCAGAAGCUUGAGUGCUCGGCAACCAACCGGGACCAUGGCCAUGCCGGCUAAAUCAGCGGUUUCGAAAAUUGUGGACUUCAUGUUUGGCGUUUAA